UUCGCGCUUGCCGACCCACAUCGAAAAAAGAAAAACAUUCCCAAACCCUAAGCCCUGCGCCCACAGUCCGCCCCCAAACUCUAGGGUUCAGUGACGACCGCCUUGCCUUCGCGCGAUCCGGUCACUCGCGCCAGUGCCCACGCCCCAGAGGCGGCGGCGGACUGGCGGCGGGGGAGUGCGCGGAUGCAGACGGAGGCGAGCGUGGGGAUGGCCGCCGCGACCGUGGACGGCGCCGCCGCCGUCGCCGCGCGGAGGUACUCGACGCAGCAGCCGCAGCCGCAGCCGCAGCAGCACCACAACCAGCCCAAGCUUGGGACGACGCUCCACCUCCUCGCCGGCGGCGUCGCCGGCGCCGUCAGCAAGACCUGCACCGCGCCGCUCGCCCGCCUCACCAUCCUGUUUCAGGUGCAAGGAAUGCACUCAGAUGUGGCUACGAUGCGCAACACUAGUAUAUGGCGUGAAGCGUCCCGCAUUGUCUAUGAAGAAGGGCUACGAGCCUUCUGGAAAGGAAAUCUUGUAACUAUUGCACAUCGGUUGCCUUACUCCUCGAUUAGUUUCUAUACAUAUGAGAGAUAUAAGAAUUGGCUUCAGAUGAUACCUGGUCUCGACAGUAAUGGUGGAUUGGGUGCCGAUGUUGGUGUCAGAAUGGUAGGCGGUGGCUUGUCUGGGAUAACUGCAGCUUCUUUGACAUAUCCACUGGACUUGGUACGGACACGUCUGGCUGCUCAGACGAACACAGCCUACUACAGGGGCAUAUCCCAUGCUCUUUUUGCGAUCUGCAGAGAUGAGGGUCCCAGGGGGUUGUACAAGGGUCUUGGUCCCACUUUACUGGGUGUAGGCCCCAGUAUAGCAAUAAGCUUCUCAGUUUAUGAAACUCUGCGUUCACAUUGGCUACUAGAGCGGCCAUGUGAUUCCCCUAUCUUUAUCAGUUUGGCUUGUGGAAGCCUUUCGGGAGUUGCAUCAUCAACUUUUACAUUUCCAUUGGAUCUUGUAAGACGCCGCAAGCAGUUGGAAGGUGCAGCUGGGAGGGCCAAUGUCUACAAGACAGGACUUGUUGGAACGUUUGGGCAUAUUAUUCAGACAGAAGGUUAUAGAGGAUUGUAUAGAGGGAUCUUGCCUGAGUACUGCAAAGUGGUUCCCAGCGUCGGCCUCAUUUUUAUGACAUACGAGACACUGAAGUCCAUGUUCACAGAAGGGGCAUCAGAUGAAUAGAUCUCCAAUGUCUGAUCAUGCUCGACAGUUUUGACACCUGGGCCAGAGUAGCAUUGGAGGUGAUUAGGGAGGGAGGGGGAGGAAGAGAUGUGUUUGUAGCAUAUGGUAGGAUUUAGGUGGUGCUAAAUUUUGGAGUUCAUAACGUAGCAGUAUCAUCAAACAGUAUUUAUAUGGCUAUAGGUUUUCUUGUAGUGCACCCAAGAAGAUCAGUAAGUGCCAUAGGUCGUCCAAAAUUUUGCUGUCCACCCUUGUUUUGUGUAUGUUCACAUUUUCAGUUGGUAAUGUACUGGCUACCAUCUUCAGCCUGGCGAUUUCAUACCUCUGGAAUACGGCCUCUGAUAUAAUUUAUGUUGUUACAGUGAGAUUAUGACUCAUGGCCAGUGAUUUUGGUUGUAACAUUGCAAUUAGUCUUGUCAUUCGGUCA